AUGAGCUUUAUCGUCAUCCAAUCAGCACCGCCGCAGCCUGAAAGGAGCUGCUUCACACCGCAUGCUUCUGCACCGCAAGGCUGCAGGGGAGGGGUGCUGCGGGGCUGCAGGGGGGCUGCUGCGGGGAGAGGGAGGGCUGCAGCCCCGCAACACCUCACCUGCACCAGGGGCCUCUGCUCCAAGGGGGACGGCCACAAUGAAGCAUCCAAGGACUCCUCCACAGAGAAGAGAAGGAAGGCGGGCAUCCUGCCCAGCCUGGAGGACCUGCUCUUCUACACCAUCGCAGAGGGCCAGGAGAAAAUCCCUGCUCACAAAUUCACCACAGCUCUUAAAGCCACGGGGCUUCGUACCGGAGACCCCCGUCUGAAAGAAUGUAUGGAGAUGCUGAAGCAGACCGUGAAGACGACCUCUGACGGAGCGCUGGACCGACACCUCUUCAAAAAGUGUGUCCAGAGCAACAUCGUUCUGCUCACCCAGGCCUUCAGGAAGAAGUUUGUCAUCCCAGACUUCCAGUCCUUCUGCGCCCACAUGGACGAGCUCUACGUCAACGCCAAGAACAUGUCUGGAGGGCAGGUGGCCGACUACAUUCCCCAACUGGCCCGCUUCAGCCCAGACCUGUGGGCCGUCUCACUGUGCACCGUGGAUGGACAGAGGCACACGGUCGGCGACACAAAGGUUCCUUUCUGUCUGCAGUCGUGUGUGAAGCCGCUGAAAUACGCCAUCGCCGUUCACGACCACGGCACCGAGUACGUUCACCGCUUCAUCGGAAAGGAGCCCAGCGGUCUGAGGUUCAACAAGCUCUUCCUCAACGAGGAAGAUAAACCACACAACCCCAUGGUCAAUGCCGGCGCUAUCGUCUGUACCUCCCUCAUUAAGCAAGGGGCGAGCAACGCUGAGAAGUUUGAUUAUGUCAUGAACUUCAUGAACAAACUGGCAGGAAACGAGUACGUCGGCUUCAGCAACGCCACUUUCCAAUCGGAGCGAGAGUCUGGAGACAGAAACUUUGCCAUCGGCUACUACCUGAAGGAGAAGAAGUGUUUUCCAGAGGGGACAGACAUGACCUCCAUCCUGGACUUCUACUUCCAGCUGUGCUCCAUCGAGGUGACCUGUGAGAGCGCCAGCGUCAUGGCGGCGACUCUGGCCAACGGCGGCUUCUGUCCAAUCACAGGAGAGCGCGUUCUGAGCCCCGAGUCGGUGCGAGACACUCUGAGUCUGAUGCAUUCCUGCGGCAUGUACGACUUCUCCGGACAGUUCGCCUUCCACGUCGGUCUGCCGGCUAAAUCCGGUGUUGCCGGUGGGAUCCUGCUGGUUGUUCCAAACGUGAUGGGCAUCAUGUGUUGGUCUCCUCCUCUGGACAAGCUGGGAAACAGCGUCAGAGGAAUCCAGUUCUGCACGGACCUGGUCUCCCUCUGUAACUUCCACAACUACGACAACCUGAGACACUUUGCUAAGAAGCUGGAUCCUCGCAGGGAGGGAGGAGACCAGAGGGUGAAGUCGGUGAUCAACCUGCUGUUUGCUGCGUACACCGGAGACGUCUCAGCCCUGAGGAGGUUUGCGUUGUCCUCCAUGGACAUGGAGCAGAGGGACUACGACUCCAGGACGGCGCUGCAUGUGGCGGCUGCUGAAGGACAUGCUGAGGUGGUUCGCUUCCUGCUGGAGGCCUGCAAAGUCAACCCAGUUCCCAAAGACAGGUGGGGGAACACGCCGAUGGAGGAGGCGGUCCACUUCGGCCACCACGACGUGGUGACCAUCCUCCGUGAUUACCACACCAAGUACAGCCCUCAGGAACCCACCGACGACAAGCAGACCGCAGAGAAGAACCUGGACGGUCUGCUCUGAUGGAGAGAAGAACCUGGACGGUCUGCUAUGAUGGAGAGAAGAACCUGGACGGUCUGCUAUGAUGGAGAGAAGAACCUGGACCGUCUGCUCUGAUGGAGAGAAGAACCUGGACCGUCUGCUCUGAUGGAGAGAAGAACCUGGACGGUCUGCUCUGAUGGAGAGAAGAACCUGGACCGUCUGCUCUGAUGGAGAGAACCGGACGGUUGUGAGUUCUGAGAAAACGUCUUAAAUCUGAUCAGAGAUUUUAUUUUAUUUAAUAACACACGUAGAGAACAGUUCAAACAUUAAGACAACCCAAACAAACUGUACAGUGAAGAAAUCCUUUAGAAACACUUAACAUUCCCUCACACACACAGGGCAGCCACACACCCCUCCAGAAUAAAAGCUCCUCCUCAUGCUACUAGAUGUUGUAUUAAUGUACGUACUGUUAGUGGGGAAAAUACUGUUAUUUCAUUUCUCCUUCUGUAUUUUAUCAGCUUUGUAACUUUGUAGGAAGUGACCAGUCGCCACGUUGAAUGCUGGGUAAAUUCAGCUGCGGCUGGUGAUUCGACAGACUCCGGUAUUUACUUUUUAACUUUUUGUUUUUAUUCUGAAAAGCUGAAAACAAGAAGCAGCAGGGCGUUUUGUUCCCUGGUUAAAAAAACCUUCAUUCAUCAUCACAACGUGGUGGAAUGUAUUUUCCCCCAAAACACUCUGAUGUCUCUGUAUGUGUGAUAUUUAUUUAUCUGUUUAAGAUAAAGUGUACAUUCAUGUAGUGAGUGUGUGUGUGUGUGUGUGUGUGUGUGUGUGUGUGUGUGUGUGUGUGUGUGUGUGUGUGUUCCUGAGACGAGUGUAAAUGAGUGUAAAUACGUGUAAGCUGUGUAAAGUCGUGGUUCCGUAGUUGAACAUCUGGUUUCAGCUUUGAUCUGGAGGUGCUUGAGGUGGAUUUCACUGAAACUCUGGAAAUUUAUAUUUAAACUGUUAAAUAUUCCGCCUUUAGAGGUCGACAUGAGUUCAAAGCUUUUUGUUUUGCUAUCUAAUAGCUGUUAUUUUUGUUUUCUGGGUCACCUUAUUUGAAUUAUUUGAUUAUUAUUUGUCUAACAUAAUAAGGAAAUAAUGUAAGCGAGUCAGCCAAAGUUCAGGUUGUUUGUUUGAAGAGUUUCUAGAUAUUAAAUAUGACACUGCCAGCGCUGAAUUACUGUAACUUUGUUUUAUAUUUUUUAAUCUUCCACUCAACAAUAGAACAAAUAUUUGGUUUCCUCAAUAUGUGAGAAAUGGUGGUGAGGAAUGUUUCUGUUUGAUGAAAUGAUGCAGCCAUUAUUAUAAUAUAUUAAUAUAUUAAGAUGUUACAUUACUGUAAUGAGAGACAAAAGUCAAAGCACUACAGCUGCUGGAUUGGUCCAAAGUUAAUACAAAAGUGGAUUAAAUCAAAUGUGUAAUCUCUCUCUGGGGCUCUUAGUUGACUAUUUAUUUAACCUUUUUGAAACAUUUUACCACAAAAUGUUAUUUUCUCGUGAGGAUUUAACUCCUGACCCAUGAUGAAGUCUUUAAACGCACCUUUUUAACCGCAAUUGACACCAAAUAACAAAUAGUUUCCUUUGUUGAGUGAACAGGUUCCUUUCAUUUCAUGCUGUAAACACUCCACUGGUGUUUAAAGGUAUUUUAAAUAUGUUUUUCAAAAUCAAGGCUUUUAGUGCAGAAAUGUGUUGACUGUGUGAUGUAUCACAUGCAUGAUGAUGGUUUGUAUUCAAACAUUGUUCCUGCAGAGGACUCAGGAAGGCCAGUCUGUUCCUACAACAGAUCUGAAACACAAACGCUAAACUGAAGGAGCUUCAUAAAGCAGACCGAUUGUUUUUUAAAAAUCUAUUGUGUGCAGAAGAAUCUGUCAUACUUGAACGGUUGUGCAGAUGUUUAGUUUUUCCAGAGGUUUUGUGUGUUUGUAGCGUGUUGGGAGUUUGGAUGUUGUUUCUGUAAAGACAAAGUGAACCGGUCGACCAACAUGUCAGCGAUAUUAACAAUCCACAGUCCCAGUCUAGUGCAUCUUAAUUCCUCCGGUCGGGAUCAGCUCAUUCAGUUUGAUUGGAAUUGUUUUUAAAAAGUAAAAAAGAAGCACAAAACUACCUUUAAAAACUGCAAUAUUCCGAGAAGCAAUUAGCAAUACGGAUGUAAUGAUUGUAGGAUUUGAUUAUCGGUUUGGAUUUGAGCUGAUCUCGACCUGCAGGCUGCCGUAGAUGUGAGGCCGUCUCUGUUUGCAGCGACUGAAGUAUUCUGAAUGUAACGUGUUUGCUGGUGUCGUUCUCUUUCUUCUUCAUGUAUAUUUAUGCUGCUGGGUGUCGCAGACAGUUCAGAUAUUUAUUCA